AUGAAUACUAAUAUUAUAAAAGUCCCAAAAGAUUUGAAUAACUGGCUUGUUGAACAGAAACUCGUCAUAUUAUUAGACCAGGCUUGUCUAGAACUAGUGGAGACUAAAAACAAGGCAUUACAAUUACUAAACGGAUUGGUUCAUUCAAAGAAGCAUAUUGAUGAGUAUUUAUUAUCUCACCCAAGUAACAUCUUCUCGGAAGAGGAGAUGAUGCUAAAUAUUCGUCCCGAUAUACUGCACCAGUGCCUGCUUGCUCUUCUAGACAGUCCAUUAAAUAAAAAAGGUAAAUUAAUGAUAUAUAUUAGAACAACAGGAAACGUACUAAUUGAAGUUAAUCCACAGCUAACCGUUCCAAGAUACUAUGAUGAAUUUGCAAAUCUAAUGAUUAACUUGCUUGUUAAACGCAAAGUAAAGGCUUGUGAAGAAAAUUCAGUUUUAAUGCGAAUAAUUAAGAAUGAUAUUAAUAAAGUUCUUCCACCAGGUGGCUUAAAAUUUGGCCUUUCAAUAAAAGGUAAUUCGACUUCACUAAGAAAAUUAUUGAGAAGGAUAUAUACUGAAAAAAAAGUUGAUGAUUCAUCAUCUUAUUCCAAACCAAUUACAUUUUUAGUUGGUGCAGUAGCAUAUGGAGAUCCUACAUUAAAGAGUUCCUUGGUUGAGAGUAUUAUAAGUAUUAGUUCUUAUCCUUUAUCAGCUGCUUUAUGCUGUGCAAAACUUUGUGCUGAAUUUGAAUAUAUAUGGAAGAUCUCAUAA